AUGCCCAAAUAUACGUACACCAAGCGAGCAGCCAGUCCCGCGUGCAAAGUUUCGGUCCCCAGUGCUUCAGAUUUUACAGAUCUUACCAGAAGCACUUCAGCUUCGCCUCUAAAUUCCAAAUCGUACUCCAAAGUCGGCAAGCAAUUAAAUAGUUACGAUAAUAUUAGAAAUGAGUUUAAGGAUGUGGUCAAUAAACGAGUUCAAGGCGGCCAACCAACAAUUAUUGACGCCAAGGACCCUCAACUGAUUGAGGAAGAACCAUUGAAUGAUAAGGAGAACCUUCACAGCUCAACCGCCUCAAUGGAAGAAGGAAAACAAGGAAGUGCAAGAAAAGAUACCAAGUCUAUUCGUGACAGACCUUCCUCUUGCGUUUUCGUUGCUUCACUAACUUCAUCUUUAUCAGAUGACCAGCUUUGUAUUGCCGUAACCAACUACUUCUCUACAUGGGGCGUCCUUACUGGGGUCAAGGUUCUUAGAGAUCCCCACAACAGGCCAUAUGCCUUUGUUCAGUACAAUAAUGAUAAAGAUGCAAAGAACGCCAUCUGUCAUGCUCACAACUCAGAACUUGAAGGAAGACCUAUUAGAUGUGAACGUGCAAAAGUUAACCGUACGUUGUUUUUCUCUUCUUCCUUGGCAUAUCAUGAGAAUGAUAUUAGAUCUCAAUUGGAAGUAUUCGGAGAAGUGGAAAAGGCAUUACCUAGUAAUGACAAGGGGUAUAUUUUGCUAAAUGGUAAUACAAAGUUUUCCAAACACUGGUACAUUAAAUUCGCCUAUCGUGAGGAUGCCAUUAGAUCUUUUGCAAGUUUGAAAACAGACAAUUCAAAGUGGAUUGAAUGGGCAAAAAACAUAGAUGAAGAAGAAAGUGCAUUUGGAGAUGAUUCAACCUCCAAUAACGGAUCAGAUGACGGGAAUACCAAAUCAAUUGACCAGAAAUCAGUCUUCGUUGGUCAGAUUUCGAAUGAUAUUAGUAAGGAAGACUUGAUGGAAAGAUUUAGCAAGCACGGAGAAAUCGAUGAGUUGGUAUUAACUAAGCGCUUUAUGAAUAAUUUCGCUUUCAUCAAAUACAAAGAUGAAUCUAGUUGUGCAAGUGCUGUCGAAAAGGAAAACCACUCAAUGUUUAAAGAUAAAACAUUGCAUGUCCAGUACAAGGAGAUUCAUAAUAACCCAAAUAGAAACCACAAAAAUAGAAUUUCAUCAAGGGGCAAUGAUUUCUCCAAGAAAGUAUUCGGUAUUGAGUUGGCUCCUCCACCAAUUAAUUUAGCCAGGAAAAAGGUGAGUGGGCCAAGUUAUAGGCACGUCGAUUUCAACAACGAUGCCGAUACCAAAGCAAGUCAGCAGUAUAGAAAUUACAAUUCCCAAUUUCAACCAAGACAUCACCAGGCUCCAAAUUUAAAUGAAAAAUAUAGACCACCAAAUAGUUUUUUGCCUUCCAGCAAAUGGAACCACCUAAUCAAGUCAGAUAACUUUCCAAAAAUAGUGCACGAAAGAGGUGCGUACAACAGGAAUUUUUAUACCUACAAACCUCGUUGGACUAAGCAGAACGAAAUUGGCCCUUCUCACCAGCAUCCACAAGACUCACCUCACCGUACUCCUCCUCCUAGCAUAACUUCUGAAGCUUCUGUUGAUAAAAGUUUGGAUACAAACUCGAUGGAUGCCAAAAGUGAAAAAGGAACUGAAAAGGCAGAUGUUACGGGAACAACAGUAACCUUUGGUACCACUGGAACCAAUGAUACAACUGUGGGUUCAAUUGGCAACAAUCUAAAGUUAAACAGUUUUGGGCCAGAUGCAAAGAGAAUGAAUAUGCCCUUUUUUUACUAUAUUCCAUCCACUGAAUUGGUUGCAAAUCAAAUGCAGGGGUAUAUGCAACCAUUGCCACAGCAUUAUAACCCAUAUGCAUAUUAUUCAUCCUAUGAUAUCCCUCCACAAGAAUACAUUUCACAGAGUUACCAGUACUAUUACCCUCCUAUGUCUCAUCCAAGUGACAGUGCAGACUACCUGCAGUAA